AUUCCGGCGCUGCAGUCAGUCCCGGCUCGGCCAUGGCGCGGCUCGGCGUGUUGAUCCUGCUGCCGCUGCUUUUCGACUCCGUGUUUUCCAUCUCGUUCUUCUUACCGGUCCGGACGAGGAAAUGUCUGAAGGAGGAGAUCCACAAGGACGUCCUGGUGACGGGAGAGUACGAAAUAAGCGAGCAGCCGAACACCAAAACGAACCUGAAGAUCACGGACUCCUCCGGCCACAUCCUGUACUCCAAGGAAGACGCCACUAAGGGCAAGUUUGCCUUCACGACGGAGGACUACGACAUGUUUGAAGUCUGCUUUGAGAGCAAAUCCCAGAUGGGAACCGGGAGGGUUCCUGACCAGCUGAUCAACCUGGACAUGAAGCACGGCGUGGAGGCCAAGAACUACGAGGAGAUCGCGAAGGUGGAGAAGCUGAAGCCUCUGGAGGUGGAGCUGCGGCGGCUGGAGGAUCUUUCAGAGUCCAUCGUCAACGACUUCGCCUACAUGAAGAAGAGAGAGGAGGAGAUGAGGGACACCAACGAAUCCACCAACACCCGCGUGCUCUACUUCAGCAUCUUCUCCAUGUGCUGCCUGAUCGGUCUGGCCACGUGGCAGGUGUUCUACCUGCGCCGGUUCUUCAAGGCCAAGAAGCUCAUUGAGUAGAACCAAUCAGAGACCCAGAAUCCCUCUCUGACGCCUCACUCUCCCGCCCCUUGUCUCGCUGCCCGGCGUCUGCAGGCUCGUGAAGGUUCUUUGGGAGGAGGGCAGCCAGGAGACGACGUCCAUCCGGUCAUUGUCUGGGCAGUCGGCGGCUAUUUUCACCUACUCAGCGUCUGCGUUUUUGGAUGAACCACACGUUUAUCGCUUCACACUGUUUUUUAUUUUAUUGUUGUUAUUAUUAUUGUUAUUAUUAUUAUUAUUAUUAUUAUUAUUAUUAUUACUACAUGCAGCCUAAACGGAUCCUUAACAUGUUUAGUAAUAUACAUUUGAACUUCCAGACCCGACGAGCCGCUUUAUGAUGAGUGAUUAGAGGUGCAUCCAUACCACAGCGUCUCGGUGAUCUCGAUAACUAUCAAUAAAACUAUAUUAGUUUCCACUGUUAUAGCGAUUCUGCCCAGUAUAAACACUUAAUAACACUUUAUUUGAAGGACGCCUACAUAGAGACUCGCAGGGACGUUGAGGAACGCGCCUAAAAAGCAAUAUUGUUUAUAUAACUGUUACAGUAAUGUGGCUGAAUACGAGUCGAAAACAGUAAAGAAAGAAUCAUACAGA